AUGGCUUCCAUCACAGCAAGCAGAGGUCCUGCUCCUGGUCCUUCAGUCCAAGCAGAUACGAAUGCUUCCCAUCCUUAUACUUGCAAUACAUGUCAAGUGGCGUUCAGAAAUAGCGACUUGCAACGAGGACAUAUGCGCAGUGAUUGGCAUCGAUACAACUUGAAGCGCCGCGUUACAUCUUUACCACCCAUUUCUUCCGAAGUUUUCACCGAGAAAGUCUUGCAGGCACAGGCUUCUUCCACAGCAGCAGCUUCAAAGGCCGCAUACGAAAAGUCUUGUACGAUCUGUACUAAAACAUAUUUCAGUGAAAAUGCCUACCACAACCAUCUUAGCAGUCAGAAACAUAAGGCAAAGGCAGCGAUGGCUAGUGAUGGACACAUGGACGACGCAAGCUCAGUAAUGAGCUCAACAUUUUCAUUGGGAGAACCUAUCAAAACAAAUGGAGCAGCGGGUGAAGAUACGGAUGCGCAAGUCGAAGAAGUUUCUAAGGGCAUCAAGAAGACCAACCUUGAAGAUGCUGGAGGCUCUACGGUUACACCUACUGAGGAUAACGACAUGGAGGACGAUGAAGAUGAGUUGGUGGAGGUUUCUACAAGUCGAUGCUUAUUCUGUAAUGAAGAUUCGGCCGACACAGCUGCUAAUGCUGCGCAUAUGGAACGUAUACAUGGCAUGUUUAUUCCGGAGAAGGAAUACCUAGUUGACCUCGAAGGUUUAAUCGCUUUCCUUCACGAGAAAAUUUACGAAGACCAUGAAUGUUUAGGAUGUGGCAAACUUAAGCAAUCGAUUUUUGGACUCCAAACUCACAUGAGAGAUAAGCGCCAUUGCAGAAUUCGUUACGCCACUGAGGACGAACAAAUCGAGAUUGGCGACUACUAUGACUUCCGAAGCACAUACUCUGAUGACGAGGAAGAAUCGGAUUCGGAAGAUGCAUUACCAGGAAAACAGAACAGUGGUGGCGUUAAACUUGGAGCUAAACGUCCAACGACAAUUGAUGCUGAAGGAGACGAAGAAAUGGAGAAUGGUGAUGGAUGGGAAACCGACAGUUCUGAGUCUUCCUUGGAUUCCGCAGAUCUUACCGCAGUUCCACUUGAUGAGAGAACGCACCAGUAUGAGAAACUCCAUCAACAUCCUCAUCACUCCCACACCGAUCCUCGAUCACACCACAACAAGGAUGGAUGGCACUCACAUGCUCAUAAACACAAUCAUGCAGCAUUUUAUGCUGAUUAUGAGCUUCAUUUACCUUCUGGUCGUACCGCUGGACAUCGAUCAUUACAAAAAUAUUACCGUCAAAAUUUGGUCAAUCAUCCAUCACCAGAAGAGAGACAACGACGUGCAAUUGAGGCAGCUGAAAAUUCCGAUUCUGAUGUAGAGCAAGAUGAACGUGUUGUUCGACGCAAUGAGAGAGAACGUGGAAGAGCACUUAUGAGCCGUGCAAAUGGAGGUCUAGGUAUGGCUGGUGUCACCGCUGAGAAGAGAAGAGAAGUCAAGGCGGCGGAGAAAAGAUCCAGAAAGGUGGAGAACUACGAACGCCGUAAAUUUGACUGGAGAAACAAUAAGCAGAACAACUCACAAAAACACUUCAGAGAUCCAUUGUUGCAAUGAUUUCUCCGUCGGGGUUCGUGGCAUUUCUACUGGUGGCAUUUUCUCGGUAUACCAAAUGAUUCUUAGAUAUCCAUAUCUCACAGGUUUCAUGAGCAUCAUCGGUG